CACCAGUCUAGCUCCUCAGACAAGGGCCUACUUUCGGAGUCAGUUGUGAUACAAGGAAGAAUGCAGAUUCUCUCUGCGCCAUCAACAGACUGAGACAAGGACAACUCAGGACGAACAAAACCGCCGUCAAACAACUUAUCGUCCUUUCAAACUCAAUGAAAAGUUCACUCAGUCGACCAACAACCAAUAGAAUCUCCCUCUAUUCUGAUUCAACUCAAAGAUAAACUCAGUAAAGCAUGUCCUUACUCAAAAGCCACAACACUUAUAAGAAUCAUGAGGUUUGCUUGCCAAAAGACUGGGCAGAGUCACAACUACUGGCAGCAUCUCUCAAGCAACACAUCAUCUCAGCCACCGCAACACAAGACCAAGCACCAUGGACUCGACCGCGCCCCGUCGCAGUGAGCCCUACACCCACGCCUGGCUAGCAUCCACGGCAGCCAAGACAUCCUACAUCCUGGACAACUUGCACAUCCCGCACGUCAUCUGGGGCGACGCCGUCUUCGGCUACCUGGGCCUGCAGCUAACGAUCACCAGUUCGGACUACGUAAUCGAAGACGAGUUUUUCGCCGUCGCCGUACACACCCUGUCCACCUUCCCCGAAGGACUGGACUUCUGCUGCCAGGCCCCCGACCCUACCGAUAUCACCAGCACUAACACCUCACCCCCCUGCACCUGGCACUCGCACCCCCGAUCCAAAGGCACCCUCCUGCCAGACGCGCACUUCAUCGUCAACGACAAGCACCACCUGCACCUAUACCGCAAAUCCCGACUCCUGUGGUGGGUCCCGCGGCUGCAGGAACCUCGCGACGAGGAGGACUCCCUAUUCAUGUGCACCUGCGACCCGCGACUGCCCCCGCCGCGAGCCACGGAGCACCGGGGCGGACCGGGACGGGGGCCCACCGACCUGGCCGCGACGCACUACCCGGUGCCCAUGCUGAAGCCGCACGUCUACGCGGCAGCGCUGGUGUUCCUGGCGGUCCGGAAUGUCGCGCACGAGAUCGAGGCGCACUGGGACAAUGAGCUGGACAAGAUGGCCGCGGCAAUCGCCGUGUGCCCGCUGUACCGGCAGCGGGAUGUCCCGGAUGUGUUCUUGGAGUUCGUUGCGCGCAGGGAGGAUACGUAUGUCUCGUUGACGAUCUUCACGGCGCUGUGGCGGCAGUUGCAGGAGCGGAUGCCCCCGGCGGAGGGGGAGCCCGUCAAGGAUUAUAGACGGCGGCGCCGGUGGUUGGAGAAGUGGAGGGGGGGUGACUUGCCCUGUUGAUUG